AUGACCGAUGCCGAUGGCUACAUUGCGAAGCCAUCCGGUAAAUGCUGCUUGAAAGGAUCAUUACAUGUUGGGGAUCCUCGGGGCAAGUAUGAAACAGUACAUGGAGUCAACACCUACAUCUCCUCCCCAUCAGCGGACAAGGACAAUGGCAAUAUCGUGCUAUACUUCCCUGAUGUGUUCGGUUUCUUCACCAAUGGUCUGUUGGUCAUGGAUGGUUUCGCCGAUGCUGGGUACAAAACCAUUGGCAUCGACUAUUUCAAAGGGGAUCCCGUAUAUCUGCACCGUAAAGACAAAAACGACACAACAACCGAGCCCGGGUUCGACUACGAAGCAUGGAAGAAGAAGCAUACCGCAUUCGCGGAUGAGGUGGUUCCUGGUUGGGUCGAGGCUGUGAAAGCAAAAUUUGGAAAGUCCAACACGAAGUUCGCAUGUGUUGGGUACUGCUUCGGCGCCCCAUACGUUUGCAACGAGCUUGCAGGAGAGGUUGUGACUGCCGGAGCAUUCGGUCAUCCUGCAUUUUUGAAGGAUCACCACUUCCAACAGCUCAAGAAGCCUCUGUUCCUGUCAUGCUCGGAGAUCGAUCACACAUUUCCAGUCGAAUCUCGGAACCUGGCAAUUGAUAUUCUGCAGAAAUCGGGUCAAUCGCACCAACUGCAGUUGUUCUCAGGGGUCGCGCACGGAUUUGCACUAAGGUGCAACCUGGACAACCCUUACGAGCGUUAUUGUAAAGAACAGAGUCUCAGAAGCAUCGUCGAAUGGUUCGACUUCUGGUUAGGUCAGCAGGCAGGAGAUACUCCUUCCAAAUUGUGA